CUGCUAUUCUUUCACUAUGCUUUAUUAGUCUGCUAUUCUUUCACUAUGCUUUACUACAUUCUGCUGUUCUUUCACUAUGCAUUCUCUAAAGUUAAUUAAAUACUCUGAUGUCCUUCAGUACUCAUGUGCUGAUUCUCAGCACUUUGGCUAGCUGGAUAGUUACACAGGGUUUCCCUAUAAGGCAUGUAAAGCCGAAAAGCACGUCCAGCACGUCUUUCCCAGACUGCAUUGCUCGCUCUUUUUAUUUAUUUCCAUACGAGGCUCUCUGAGGAGUGACCUGAAAAGAACGGAUUAGCCAGGGCGGCGUUCCUCCUUUACAUCAUGGUAACCAGGGAUACCCCGUUACAAGAUUAGAAAGCACGUUACGUACGGGAGCUGCGUGGCACACUUAAGUAAGAUCCAGGAAGAUCCUAAACAACGCUGCGAUGACGCUGUCCUGCCCCUCAAAGUCAAUAUCUUAAUCUGCCAAGACCUGAAGUAUGCAACCGACACACGGACUGAGCAAAACAACCGGUCCUGAAACAGCGACAUCUCGACUUUACACCCCCGAGUAGCUUGAACGGUGUGGGGUACAGAUGGAGAAUAUUUCGUGAGCUGUUGGAGAAGUACAGUUCUCAUAGUAAUGCAGGGUCUGAACGAAACUCCCCUUCUCAGCUGCCAGCUGGGAAGAUGACAGAAAGCACCUCGUCCACUUCUUCUUCCUCGAGGUCUCAAAGCCCCCAGCUGCUGAGCCUGAAGGAUAUUGUUACGAGCUACAGUAGCAGCUAUGGGGUCCUGCCAAUAGCCAAUGCCGAUGCAAUUCACUUCAUAUGCGUUGCCAAGGGAACAGGUUUAGGCCUGCACAUUGUAGGAGGAGAUACUCGACCAGAGGGGCCAAUGGUGUGCGUUGUGGAAACCGUAUCGGGAGGAGGAGGAUGGUCGACUUAGGCCUGGGGAUCAGAUUGUAUCUGUAAAUAAGGAGUCCUUCAUUGGCAUUACAUAUGAAGAGGCAAACGGUAUAUUAACCCAGACGAAACUCAGACCGGAAGCUCUGGGAGUGGUCUCCAGUGCCCUCUGGGGCUGCAGCCCCAGGCUAAAGGGAAUGGGAAUCUACUGAGACCCACGGGACUGGGCUUCCACUCCCCCCCCCCGGGGAACCUCCUUCCAAAGAUGUCAUCCACACCCAACACGGGAAGCGGGACCCUGCCUUCAGGGAAACUCAGCCAAAUCCGGGCGGCUCCUAAGAGAAGAGACCAGUCUCCUGUGCUGUCACCGGACAGCACUCUCUCAGAGGAACCUGACUCUGCCGUCUCUUCCAGUCCCAUGGAAGGCAACACACCCAAAGGAAGAAAGAUUUCCCUCAGUUCCACAAUUCGAUUGAGGCUGGACAGACUGCAGCAGGCGCUGGGAUACCUUGGGAUAAGACCUACAGAGGAACAGGAGCGGGUGCUGAGGGAGCAGCUCCAGAUAAAUUCCAAAGGAACAGUGGCCUAUGGAGAAUUUGUGCAAGUCGUCCGAGACCUUUUCCAGUUGCAGUUGGAUGACACUGGGAUUGGCCAGGGAAUGAUGAGAUUCGCAGCGACUGAUCUUACUAACCUUCUAGAGCCAACACACCAACCACAGCUCGCUGCUUCUGAUUCUGAGGAACUGGAUGAGAUGGAGAGACUGAAAAGGGAUCGGAUUGAGGCUUUAAGGGAAGCAAGGAGGCUGCAGGUUCAGCUAGCAGAAUCUGAAGGCCUUUGUGCACAAUUGCAAGAGGAGCUUAAAAAAGUAAAACAAGAGGCGAAGGCUGCAGUGGAGGAGACCAGGGCUUUGCGGAGCCGGAUCCAUCUGGCAGAGGCUACACAGAAGCAGGCCCGGGGCAUGGAAAUGGACUACGAGGAGGUCAUUCGCCUCCUGGAGGCUGAGAUAGCUGAACUGAAGGCUCCGCGCACUGACCAACAGAGCAGCACCAAAGACGGGGUGCAAGAUCUGAAAAAGAGGGUCGCCGUGCUGGAAUGUCAGCUCCGCAAAUCAGAGGGUGCCAAGAAAGGAUUCGAGGUGUCCACAGAGAAGCUGCUGCAGUUUGUGGAGGUUGUACACGAUGUCCUUGCUGAGAAUCCAAGUUUUAGUUCUCCGUGUGAUCGGAAGCUUGGCAUGACUUCCUCUUCUCAAGCGAUCGCGAGCAGGAUCGGAAGAAAGGGACCACGAACCAGCGCAGCCCUCGCACAAGAAGCCAAAGAUCUUAGCAGAUCUGUUCGAUCCUUUCUUGAAGUAGAUUGUAAGUGAUUUUUACGGUUUGGACUGCAUGCACAAUAAAUACACUUUGUUUGAACAGGAACAGUGUGCGUCCAAUUGUACAUACAAGGCUGUCAUUUUUAUCUCAGGUUGCUGGUGACAUUGAUAAAAGACUCGCGAUUUAUAGCACUCUCAUGGCUUGUAUCUCUC